AUGCGGUCUUCCAUUCUGUUGGGUGUUCUCGGCGCGGCCGGUGCCCUGGGGUCCCCCCUUGACAAGCGCGCCUAUGUCACCGACUGGACCGUCGUCACUGUGACCACCACCAUCACCGGUGCUCCCCCGGCCCAGACCUAUGCUCCCGUCCAGGCCGUUCAGAUCUCCCAGCACCUGCGCCGCCCGCCACCACCGCUCCGGCUGCGACGUCCACGAAGGGUGGCAUCAUCGAAAUCGAUCGAGUCUCUGUUCUCCCGCUCCUCGUCGACCUCCACCAGCUCCAGCGCCCCUGCGGCCACUCCCACCGACUACCAGUCUGCCAUUCUGUACAACCACAACGUCCACCGCAGCAACCACUCCGCCAGCUCCCUCGCCUGGUCUGCCGACCUUGAGUCCAGCGCGCACACCCUCGCCUCCCGCUGCGUCUACCAGCACGACACGAGCAUUGCUGGCGGUGGCUAUGGUCAGAACAUCGGAUACGGUGUGUCUGCGGACGAGAUCGGCGUCAUGAUUACCAACCUCAUGUACAACAACGAGAUGGGCUACUACAGCGACCUCUAUGGCGAGGCCACCCCCGACAUGACCAACUUCGACCUGUGGGGUCACUUCAGUCAGAUCGUGUGGAAGGGCACCACCCACGUCGGUUGCGCCACGGUGACCUGCCCCAGCCUCGGCAACGUCGACUCGAGUUCCGCAGUGCCCUUUACUGUCUGCAACUACAGCCCUGCUGGUAACUACGACGGGGAGUAUUCCAGCAAUGUCCUCGCCCCGCUGGGACAUGCUAUGUAUGUUGCCUAA